GUCAGUAAGGGAGGGACAGUCCAGGCAGUUCUGUGCGUGUUCAUUGUUUAGUAGAACUCAAAGCUGCCAGUGUGAGAGGAUUUGGAAAUCACGGGAUCUGCUCAAUAUGAAAAUGUUUUUUCGAGUCUUUCUCCAUUUUAUCAGGAGUCUUUCUGCCACUGCAGUGGAUUUCCUUCCUGUGAUGGUGCACCCGCUCCCAGGUACAAUCAUUGGUUUGAUGGGAUGGCACUGCUUCACCAGUUCAGGAUGGCAAAGGGCACAGUGACAUACAGGAGCAAGUUUCUACAGAGUGAUACAUAUAAGGCCAACAGUGCUAAAAACCGAAUUGUGAUGUCAGAAUUUGGCACACUGGCUAUCCCGGAUCCAUGCAAGAAUGUUUUUGAACGUUUCAUGUCCAGGUUUGAGCUGCCUGGUAAAGCUGCAGCCAUGACUGACAACACUAAUGUCAACUAUGUGCGGUACAAGGGUGAUUACUACCUCUGCACUGAGACCAACUUUAUGAAUAAAGUGGACAUUGAAACUCUGGAAAAGACAGAAAAGGUAGAUUGGAGCAAAUUUAUUGCUGUGAAUGGAGCAACUGCACAUCCUCAUUACGACCCGGAUGGAACUGCAUACAAUAUGGGGAACUCCUUUGGGCCAUUUGGUUUCUCCUAUAAGGUUAUUCGGGUUCCUCCAGAGAAGGUGGACCUUGAGGAGACCAUCCAUGGAGCCCAGGUGAUAUGUUCUAUUGCUCCUACAGAGAAGGGGAAACCUUCUUACUACCAUAGCUUUGGAAUGACAAGGAACUAUAUUAUUUUCAUUGAACAACCUCUAAAGAUGAACCUGUGGAAAAUUGCCACUUCUAAAAUUCGAGGAAAGGCCUUUUCAGAUGGGAUAAGCUGGGAACCCCAGUGUAAUACACGGUUUCAUGUGGUGGAUAAACACACUGGACAGCUUCUUCCAGGGAGAUAUUACAGCAAACCUUUUGUUGCAUUUCAUCAUAUCAAUGCCUUUGAGGACCAGGGCUGUGUUAUAAUUGAUUUGUGCUGUCAAGAUAAUGGAAGAAUCCUAGAAGUUUACCAGUUACAGAAUCUCAGGAAGGCUGGGGAAGAGCUUGAUCAGGUCUAUAAUUCAGCAGGCAGAUCUUUCCCUCGAAGGUUUGUUUUGCCUUUAAAUGUCAGUUUGAAUGCCCCUGAGGGAGACAACCUGAGUCCAUUGUCCUAUACUUCAGCCAGUGCUGUGAAACAGGCUGAUGGAACGAUCUGGUGCUCUCAUGAAAAUCUACAUCAGGAGGACCUAGAAAAGGAAGGAGGCAUUGAAUUUCCUCAGAUCUACUAUGGUCAAUUCAGUGGCAAAAAGUAUCGUUUCUUUUAUGGCUGUGGCUUUCGGCAUUUGGUGGGGGAUUCUCUGAUCAAGGUUGAUGUGGUGAAUAAGACACUGAAGGUUUGGAGAGAAGAUGGUUUUUAUCCCUCAGAACCUGUUUUUGUUCCAGUACCAGGAACCAAUGAAGAAGAUGGUGGGGUUAUUCUUUCUGUGGUGAUCACUCCCAACCAGAAUGAAAGCAAUUUUCUCCUAGUUUUGGAUGCCAAGAACUUUGAAGAGUUGGGCCGAGCAGAGGUACCUGUGCAGAUGCCUUAUGGAUUCCAUGGUACCUUCAUACCCAUCUGAUGGGACAACCACAAGUCUGCCUGUCACCAUUGGUCCUAAGAUACUCAGAAGACAGGAAGCUGGCUAUAUCCUGCAUGGAGGCUUCUUCUAAACUGUUUUUUUCUCUGCUGUCCACAGCAGAUGCUACUGCAAUUGCACAACCUCCUAUGGACCACCCACUACCCCCACCCCACCUUCAGCUCUGCUUUGGGAGGUUAUUUUGAGGAACAUCAUUAAAAUCAGGCAUUUCUUCUAAUCUCUAGGUGUAUAGUUCUCAGGGAUUGUUGACAAGCCAGUAGUUCUUCAUUUAAUUGGACAACAGGUGGCACUAGAGACCAUAUAAUCUCCACAUUUCUAAACCCUGCCUGUUCUUACCAACAGCUGUAAGCAGGCAAGGUCUGUCACUUAAACCACACUCUUGCCAACACCCCUAAAAUCCCUUGUUCCUUUUUCCUUCAGUUACAUUCCCUUCCCUCUGCUGAACUCCAUUCCAGGACCAGUUAAACUGUUUAUGCUCCUUCUGCAUGGUGAAUGCUCUGGAGAAGACCCCCAGACAUACAAUAUGGGGCACCUUUGAACUCAUGGUUAGGCUCUCUGCACGGGCCUGGACUAACAUAGUUUCCUGUCUAAUUUUCCUUAAGAGUCACUUCAAACUUCACAGACCCUAUCUUCUUUAGUAAUGUGUUCCAUACAUGCAAAUGCCAUGUGUGGGGUUUUGCACUGUGGCAAUAAAGUAAAAGGGCUGAGUUCCAUGUCUGGGUUUGUGAGAUGCAGAACAUAGUAGCAGGUUUAGAAUGGCAAGAAGAUGCCUAAACAGAAGGAAUACAGCAGAUGCAGGAGCGAAGAGCCUCAGGUAACCGAGAGUGUAAGUCCCCCACUGUUUCCUUUCACACAAGUCCCUGAAAAGGCAUUCAUUGUACUUCCUCAGACAAAACAUGGAGAUUUGAUUGAUCUUCCUAGAUCUGAAGGGUGAAGGAGACUCUGGAUGACCUCUGGCAAGUCCAUAGAUCUGUCACAUCUUUCCUCUGUUUAUAAAUAUCUGUCUUAAUACACAGGGAAUGAAGUUCAGACAUAUGAAGGAUAGCAGUAUAAUCAUAAGAUUUUGACCUAAGGAUACCUGAAUUCUGCCUUGGCUCUGCUCUCUGUUUCCUGAAGGAGAAGACAAAAAAGGAUCAGUGGCAUGUUAUAAUCUAGGCACAUAUGCCGGUAAUCCAAGGGAGAAAGUUCUGGUAAAAUUGAGUGAGCUUAUGACCAAGGCCCAAAGCAUAGGCUGGGCCUCUUCUUCUCCCUAAGCCCAACUCCUACCACUAGCCAGUGUCCGAAGAUUCAAGGAAAGGGAAUAAGUGGUGCACAAUUGAGGAAAAGGAAGAGGCAAAUGGGCAGGUUGGGUCCUCCACAGGAUGCAAGCAGUAGAAAAACAUAUGAACCAGCCAGCUACCUUGGGGCAGGGUGGGAGUAGGGGAGAACUUUGGCUUGAUUUUUUUUUUUUUUUUCCUCUGAGGAUAGCUUUGGAGAGUAAGCAACACUAUAUAUGGUACUUUUAACACAUUGUAGGCCUGCUUGUGAGUAAACAAGGCCCAACCAGUGCCUGGAAAUGUGAUUUAAGCAGAUGAAAAUUCCCUUUUUGUGGGGAGCUAGGAGGGAGAUAAGGGGGUGAAGCUUCCUUUCCUUUAUACUUAAAUGGCAUUCUAGGCCUUUCAAUAAUUUGGUCCCCAGUCAAUGUUUCCAAUCUUACCUCUCACCUAUCUCUCCAUUGUAGCCAAGAACUCGUCAAUAUGCACUAAACAAGCUGUACUUUUCCACAUUUCCUUUGCUUACAUUGUCUUCUCUUCCUGGAAUUCCCUUAUCUACCUGGUGAAUCUUAAAAUCCAGCUCAAAAGUCAUCUCUUCUUUGAAGCCUUCUUUUACUUCCUGAGGGAGAGCUAGUGGGUUUUUUUAGUUUAUCAUGAUUUAUUUCUGUGUUUAGCUCCCUCACUAGCUUGAACUGUAUGAGGACAGGGACCAUGUGUUUGUUACUCAUACUGCGCCCCUGGCACUUAGCAGUGCACUUGGCAUUCAGUAGAUGUUAAAUAAACACUUCUUCUUCUUCUUUUUUUUUAACUUAGUAAGUGAAUGAGGACUGGAAGGUGAUAGACAUGGGGCCUGCCUUGCCAAUAUAUGUCCAUUGGAGUAUCUUAUGGGAUCUUUUUUUGGGGGGGGGCUUGGGAGGGUUUAUUAAGCGAUGCUUUAGUUUCAGUCUCUGCCAGCAACUAGGGGUGGGGUGACUCCACUCACCCCAGGAUUUCCCAGACUUGCUGCUUUAGAGGACAGAGGCAGGAAGCCAACUAUCCUCUAAGCCACAGCUUGGGAAGCUAGGCUAGUACCGGGGUGGGGGCAGCAGAGCUGAGACCCUCCACCCUCAGCCCCCAGCCUGUGCUAUCCUCCCAGCCUGAGGGGGAGGAGCUGAGGCAAUCUUGGCUGCAGCCUCCCACACACAGCCCUGCUCUUGGUGCACUGUUCACUGCCCUGAGUUAUUCAUGAUCUCUGCUCCCACAUAUUCACCUCCACACUCCAAAAGCCAGCCCCACACCCAGCCCCUCCAGGUCUUUAGUCCUGGGGAGGGCAAAAGGAGGGACAGGGGGCCUCUCAUUGAGCAGCUUCAAGGAGCCUCUCCUUUCUGUUGCCCACUGAAUGCCAGCCCCUUGUCUUCAGCCCUCCCUUAGAUAGGAAGGGGUGGUGGCCUCAGACUGCACCCCCUUUCUUCUCUUCCUGGCAUCCCAUUCUGUCCCAGCACAGCAGCCAAGAGCACAAAGCACAGCACCUGUGAGGCUGGUGGGCACAAGAGCCCAUGCUGGCACAGGCCAGACUGCCUGCAGCCCUAGGUGGGGCCUGCUCCCUGCCCUGGAAGCUAGACAGAGGGAGACAGAAAGCAGUAGUGGGGCAAUGGGAUGUGCAGCCCCUGUGGCAGGAGGAGGAGCACAUGAACCCUGACCCUGCUACUUGGUGCAGGCUACUCCAGGCCUCGCUUCUGUAAGAGCCUCUGUGGCUGGCUCCACAGCUGCCCAGCCCCCAUAAAGGGGGCUGAAAGGAGGAUGAGUGGUCCUUGAAGAGGUGAAGGGUCUGCAGAGAAUCACUCAGACACCAGGUAUUACCCAGCUCUUCCCGCAAGACCUGGAGGGUCCAAACUCCUGGCCCCAACCACCCUUCACCUUGGGUGAGGAAGAAGGGCCUCUUCUGCUGUUCCUUCCCCUCAGAGAUCCAAUAAACCACUCCAGUGAAAUGCAGGUACCCAUGCCUGCCACCUGCCCCUGGAGACAGCAGGGGAGUUGAGGCAGGAAGGCUGGCCAGGGGCCCUUAUGGGAUCUUUUAAUAGAAGUUAGCCUUCUGAGACAACACAGCCAAGCACAAGCCAGUAAGUGUUGCAAGAGUGAAGUGGGAACUAUACCUAAAUGGCUGUUGAUCUCAAAGAACUGAAAGCUAAAAGAAAUGUUAUUUUCUUAUUGGUUAGUGUGUUAGUCUGCUAUGGCUGCCAUAACAAAGUACCACAGAGGUCUUAACAGAAAUGAAUUGUCUCACAAUUCUAGAGGCUAGAAGUCUAAAAUCAAAGUUGGUUUGUUCCUUCUGAGGGCUUUGAAGAAAGAGCUGUUCCAGUUCCCUCUUCUGGGCUUGCAGAUGGUGUUGUCCGUGUCUUCACAUCAUCUUCCCUCCGUAUGUGUCAGUUUUUGAGUUCAAGUUUCCCCUUUCUACAAGAACAUCAGUCACGUUGGAUUAGGGCUCAUACUAAAGACCUCAUCUCAAUACAUGUGCAACAAUCCUAUUUCCAAACAGGUUAAACUUCAACUCUGCAAAUGCAGUGAAAUAUUUUACUAAAACAAACAAGUAUUAUUAAUAAAAACAAUUUUGCAGA